AUGGCAGCUUCCACCAACAAGACCUUUCCCAUUACGGGCAUCCCCUCGGAUGCUAAGCGAAACACCAACAACAUUCCCUAUGCUCCUGAUCUUCCUUGCCGUUAUGAGAUAUCCACUUUCUUUCCUUCUGAUGAUUCUUUCACUCAGAAGCAGUGGACUCUUAUGGUUCUUGCCCUCAAUCGCUUCAAGGCCCUUGAAGUAGAUAAGAAGCUCUCUUACUUCCAGGUCGCGGGCAUUCAUGCUUAUCCUCUGCAGCCAUGGGAUGGUGCUGAGUCUCCUUCUAAAGACCCCAAAGAUACCGAGACAUUGCCCCCUGGCGCGAACCGCUACGGAGGAUACUGCGAGCACAACACCAUCACCUUCCCGACGUGGCAUCGGCCCUACAUGCUGCUUUUCGAGCAACCUGUGUGGACGCAUAUGAAGGACCAAAUCAAGGACUGGGAGCUUGACCCUGCUCAGGCUGCUGAACUCCCGUACUGGGACUGGGCUCGUAAGCAGAAGUACAGUCAAGAAUACUCACUCCCAGAUAUCUUUCGCUUCCAGGUAAUAACCAUAUAUCCUCCAUACAACCCCAGAGGAAAGACAGACGUCGAGAAUCCGUUUUGGGGGUUCGAGAACCCCGAGAAAGACGAAAAGGGUCUACCAAGGGCAUUCGGAGACAUGCCAAAAGGCAAGACUGACUGGAAUAUCCCGGACCACGUUGAAACGGGAAAAAACCCUUUCAGACUUCCAUGGAGCAAAUGCUCGGCGACAAGCCGUUACGGUAUCCGGAGCGAAGAUGGCGAGAAUUGGACAGGCCUUAAUGGUCUCAAUAACUUCGGAGAAGCCAACAAUACUUUGAGCAAGCUCCAGGAGGGCUGGUAUCCUCCCUAUUUGGAAGAAGAAAAAGAAAAGCGUGAGAAGUUUAAGGGUCCUGGCACACUGACCGAUGCUGUCAAUCGUCUCUUCUCUUCCGAGUACACGGACACUUGGGAAACCUUUGCCAGCACCAAAUGGUGGAAUGAGAGCGCUCGUGAAAUAAGUACCGGUUAUCUUUCGCUGGAGUACAUCCAUAACAACGUUCAUAACCUCACCGGCGGUUCAAAUUACAUGAAACCUAGGCAAGGUCAGAGUGGAGGAUACGGUCUUGGCCACAUGUCAGACGUCCCUGUGUCAGCAUUUGACCCGAUCUUCUGGCUCCAUCACUGUAACAUCGAUCGCUUGCUUGCAAUGUGGCAGUGUUUGAACUGGAAAGCCUGGUUUGAUAAGGCACACUACAAGAAGAACGUUACAAACGUUGAGGAUAAGAAGAAGGACGGUCCUCUAUUGCCGUUUCACCGCAUAGAAACCGACAAGCCAGAGACUGGGUACUGGACGUCAGAUGCUGUUAAAGACUGGACCAAAUUGGGCUACCAGUAUAACGAUCUAAUCCCUAAGCCAGGCGCAGUCCUUCCUGGCGACAAGGGGCUGGACGAGAAACAGUUCAAGAUCGACCUGGCAGCCCAUAUCGAGGACAUCUAUCCCAGCGCCCAGAAGUACUGGGAGGCGGUCUACAACAAUAACAAUAAACCCGAUAAUGUGAAGUUUUUUGGACCUACCAACACCGAAAAUGAGACUUGGAACGACUAUGUCAUUAACGUUAUCUACGAUCGCUAUGCCCUGGGUGGCAAUUCUUAUUCUAUCCAAUUUUGGCUUGGUGGCGACGGCGAGAACCCUGACACGACGUUCCGAGACGAAGAAAACCUGAUCGGCCAGGUUUACUCAUUCGCUGGAAUGGAUCCCUCGGUCGAAGGUUGUUCCAACUGCGCUUCCCAGAAAGACAAGAAGGUGCUUUCACGCGCUCAAGUUCUUCUCACCAUUCCAGUCAUAUCCCAGGCGCUAGACCGACGCUUCCAACACAUUGACACAACGAGAAUAGAUGGUGUUAUCAUUUAUCUCCAGAACCAUCUGCGAUGGAAGUUUGUCCAGAUUGGAGGUAAAGAGAGGCCUACCGAGGACUUUCCUCAUACCACUAUCUCUGUCCUCAGAGGUAUUGGUAAACGUCAGAGUGCUGCUCCAGAGGGGACCGAAGUGGCGCUCCCACCUAUCUACGCCAACUAUGAGCUCUUGCACACGGUCACGCAGAAGAAGCCUUGCGGGCUGACGAAGGAAGAUAAAUUGCUUGGAGUUUCUCAGGACAUCAACUUUAGAACGUUCAGCGAUUAG